AUGCAGGACGUGGUCCAAAAACAUCACCCCGAGGUCAACAAUGGUUCACUCCCAGCUGAACUGAACAAAGCCAAUGCUUCUGCUACCCAGAGCAAGAUGGUCGAGCACCUGAUUGAAUUCGUUAAGGACUUAAGGCCGCCAAAAGCUGUAGAGGGUAGGUCAGACACCAAGGGCAAGAGCAAGGCCGCCUCUGCUGCACUACUGUCGCUGGGAGACGUGCGACGAAGCAGGGACCGCACUACCCUGAUUUCUGUUUACCUGCCCGUCUCUUGCAUAGACAGCCAGAUAGCCCACUUCUACUGUGUAGAAGACGGCAGUCUUGCCUGCAGUGAGGUUGCCGAAGUGAACUGCUCCUACCUAACCAACAGUACCGGCAGCAUAUCUUGGGUAUUGGUGGAGCGAGAGGCUUCACUUCUCAACGAUAUCAACCCUGAGCUUGGGUUUACCCGGUCUCUCUUCCUCUCUCCCCAUCCUCGCCAGGGAAAUCCCAUCUACUCGCAAGGUUCCUUGCUUACCGCACUCGAUGACAUGGGGCCGGACCGCGACCUGGUCUUCACCACCCUCCCUGUUGGCUCGGUGGAGGUGAUCAAGAAGGAAGACCAGCAGCCUCUCGCAACCUCUACAACCUACUGGCGGCUCGCAACCUCCAGCAUCCGGCUCGCAAACAUUCUGCACAAGGUCCAGGAUGUCUUCAUCGAGCUUGCCGAAGCUGCGGGCGUCGUCAUGGUCAAGGCCGAGCAUGAUGUUGCCGCCGGCUGGCUUCUUGUCGAAGAGGCGGGCGGCAUCGUCGCUUCUGCGAACCCGGGCGACUGGCACCCGACAAUGGAGGGCCGCACAUACUUCCCUGUCCGUGGUGCGAAGCGCGAGGAGCAGAAGGCGGUUGUGGAGGAAUUGUGGGAGGUCAUGGGCGGUCGCAGGUUCGUCUACGCGGAUACGAAGGCGCCGAAGGAUGGAGGUAUUUCUGCGGCUGCCACGGAUUGA